UGGUGCGCCUGGAGUUGUUGUUGGAAAUCUAUGCAUCAAUAAAGCUAUGAAUAUGGCUAGUAACUAUGGAUAUGGAAUUGUUACAGUUGAGAACUGUAAAGAUAUUGGCACUGCACAAUUUUACACAGAUAUUUUGGCCACGAAUGGAAUGACAGUUAGUGAAUUUGCUAUUAUCUUUUAUUUUUCUAAUUUGUAUAGUUUUUUAAAUAAGUGA